AUGGUGGCAGACUCCUACCCACUACCGCGCAUCUGGGACCACCUACGCCGUGCAGCCGGAAAGAAGUACUACUGCACGUUGGAUAUGAACAGCGGAUUCUGGAAUGUCCCGAUCGAGGAGGGGAGUAAGCCGUUGACGGCAUUCAUAACUCCGAUCGGGCUAUUCGAAUUCAACGUCAUCCCAUUCGGGGUAAAGAACUCACCUGCUGAGUUCCAGCGGGCCAUGGAUGCUUGUUUCGAGCCCUUACUCGGCGACGAUGCGUUUUGCUACAUGGACGAUAUCGUCAUUUGCGGCGACGACUUCGAGAGCGUGCUCGCAAAAGUGGAGCUCUUCCUGCAGCAAUGCAGGAAGUCUGGGUUCUACCUGCGGCUCGACAAAAGCGAGUGGUUUAAGCACCAGGUGAAGUACUUAGGACACGUGGUCGGCACGGAUGGUAUCAAGGUCCAAGAGAAGAAGACACAAACUAUCCUUCCUGGGCAUGUGUGGUUACCUGCGGCCGUUCAUCUCUCGCCGUCGGACACGACGGCACCGUUGUUCGACCUCUUGAAGAAGGGCGCCGAGUUCAAGUGGCAGCCAGCGCACGAACGUGCCUUCGAGGCCCUGAAAGAAGCAGUACAGAACACGGUCACUCUGCACGCACCAACCCCCACAGGAACCUACAUAAUCGAGACGGACGCCUCCGAACUGGGAGUAGGAGCUCUGCUAAAGCAGCGUCAAGGUGACGCGGAAGUGCCGUUAGAGUUUGCUAGUAGGAAGUUCAACCCCACGGAGCGACGCUGGGACACGCGAGAGAGGGAGCUGUUCGCAGUUAAGUGGGCGGUAGAGAAGUGGCGCGACUAUGUCAGCUUGGCGCACUUCGUCGUGGGCACUCGCCCUCAGUAA